AUGGUAGUACUUCCUUCAUCAUUUACGGGUGGACCUAGGUAUAUGCAUGAACGAACUCAAGAUGCCAUGACAUAUGUCCGCGUACAUGAUCGCCCUGAUCUAUUCAUCACAUUUACCUGUAACCCUACUUGGAAAGACAUCACAGAUGCACUGUUUUCUGGACAAAAGCCGCACGAUCGUCAUGACAUUUUAGCGAGAAUAUUUCAUAUUAAAGUAAAGAAAUUAAUGGCACUCUUGACUAAAGGAAAAUUAUUUGGUGACGUACGGUGCUAUAUGUAUUCUGUGGAGUGGCAAAAGCGAGGAUUGCCUCAAGUUCACAUCUUACUGUGGCUACAGAAUCGAAUUUCAUCAAACAUAAUUAAUAAUGUCAUCAGUGCCGAAAUACCAGACCCCGAGCAAGAUCCUCUUUUAUAUGACAUCAUCAAAAGUAACAUGAUUCAUGGUCCCUGCGGCAGCUUAAAUCCUAAUGCUCCUUGCAUGAAAGAAAAUACAUGCAGUAAAAGAUACCCUAGAAAACUUUGCCGAGAAACACAGCCAGGAGACGAUGGAUACCCAGAGUACAAGAGGAGGUCUACAAAUAACGGUGGUUUUACUGUAAGAAUUAAAGGACUUGAUUUAGACAACCAUUGGGUUGUGCCUUACAACCCAGUCUUAUUACGUACUUUCAAUUGUCACAUCAAUGUAGAGAUGUGUCAUUCUGUUAAGUGUAUUAAGUACAUCUGUAAGUAUGUAAACAAGGGCAGUGACCAAGUAGCGUUUACGAUAGAAAACCAGAAGGAUGAGAUCACAAUGUACGAAAGUGGUAGGUAUAUCAGCAGUGCCGAAGCAGUAUGGAGAAUAUUAUCAUUGUCCAUUCAUGAACGAUAUCUUACGGUUUUUCAUCUAGCCGUCCACCUUGAGAAUGGUCAGCGAGUAUACUUCACCCCUAAUAACUUGGCAGAGAAGCUCAAUAAUCCUACUAAGACUACGCUUUUAGCAUUUUUUGAGUUAUGCAAAACUGACGUUUUCGCAAAAACCCUCCUUUAUUCGGAAGUGCCUUCUUACUUUGUAUUUAAGAAUAAUAAGUUUCAAAGAAGGAAGCAGGGAAGGAAUGUAGAUGGCUGGCCGACCGUAAAGAAGGACGAUGCAUUAGGAAGAGUGUAUACUAUCCAUCCACACAAUACUGAAUGCUACUAUCUUCGUAUGCUUCUUCAUGAAAUUAGAGGACCAACAUCUUUUUCAGACCUAAAGACUGUUAAUGGUAUCCUCCAUAAUACAUUCCAAUCUGCCUGUAAUGUGUUAGGUUUGCUUGAAGAUGAUAAUCACUGGAACAAUACGUUAAAUGAAGCUUUUUUGAGUGAUUCUCCUUCCAAGCUGCGGGAACAAUUUACAGUAAUGUUAGUAUUUUGUCAACUAUCGGAUCCCUUAACUCUUUGGGAUACACAUAAAAACAAUCUUUCAGAGGAUAUUAUCCGACAAAUAGAUGCUGACCAAGAAGAUGAGGCUCACAACAAAUGUUUGAUACAAAUUGAAGAUGCAGUGCUUGCUGUAGGAGGUCAGAGUAUAUCAAAUUAUGGGCUACCUCAACCAACAAGGACAGAAAAUAACUUUAAAAACAUAGUCUAUCAGAGAGAGAUAAACUACGACUUGAAUACCUUAACAAAGGUAGUAGUGAGCAACGAGGCCUUACUGACGAACGAGCAAUACAAUGUCUAUAGUCGGAUAAUGCACAGCAUUAAAUAUGAUACUGGAAAAAUUUUUUUCUUAAGUGCUCCUGCAGGAACAGGAAAAACUUUUCUUAUAAACUUGCUUUUGACAAAAGUAAGGAGCAAUCGUAGUAUUGCUUUGGCUGUUGCAUCUUCUGGCUUUGCUGCUACGCUUUUGGAGGGGGGGAGGACGGCCCAAUCAGCAUUCAAACUUCCUAUCGAUCUCAUUAACAUAGAAACGCCAAUGUGUAAUAUACCAAAACAAAGUAAUAUAGCCAAAGUGCUUCGCGAUUGUAAGUUUAUUGUUUGGGAUGAGUAG